CCAGAAAUCUCAAAAGAGUAUUAUCAGGCAGAGCACCCUUACUUGGAUAUAGAACAUUACAUACGACUUUACGCACAAUGGUAGGACAGAAGAUUGACGGUACUGCGAUCGCAAAGAAACUCCGCGGAGAUCUCGCAACACAAACAAAAACUCUCCCAUUCCAACCACAUUUGGUUAUCAUACAACAUGGCGCUAGACCAGAUUCCAACAGCUAUAUCAGAAUGAAGAGAUUAGCAGCUGAAGAAGCUGGUUUCAAGUUCACCCACAUAAAAAUCCCAGAGACUGAGAGUGUAGACGUUGUUUUAGACCACGUACGCCGUUGCAACCAAGACGACGGUGUUCACGGUCUUCUCGUUCAACUUCCUCUCGCAAACGGCGGUAAAGAUGGUGAGAGAAAGGUUGUAGAGACUAUCUCACACGAUAAGGACGUCGAUGGUUUCCACCCACUCACCGCAGGUGCACUCUCCUCACGUCUUUCUGACCCAUUAUUCGCACCAUGCACUCCAGCCGGUGUUAUCAAACUUCUCGAAGAGAGCGGCGUUGAAAUCGCUGGUAAAUUCGCUGUCGUACUCGGUCGCUCUGAUAUUGUCGGUACACCUGCGAUGAACCUCCUCCGUCGUAAGGAUGCAACCGUCGUACAAGUCCACUCAAAGACAAAGAACAUCCCUGAACUCGUCAAGCAAGCUGAUAUCGUCGUUGCCGCUAUUGGUCAGCCAGAGUUCGUUAAAGGUGACUGGAUUAAACCAGGCGCAGUCGUCAUCGACGUUGGUGCAAAUUUUGUUCCAGAUGCAACAAAGAAGUCUGGCCAACGUAUGCUUGGUGAUGUUGAAUACAGUAAAGCUAUUGAGAAUGCCUCACACAUCACCCCAGUCCCAGGUGGUGUUGGUCCAAUGACCGUCGCUAUGCUUAUGGUUAACACUUUCAGAGCUGCUGAGCGUCAAGCUAAGCUCAGAGGUGGUAGAGGAAGAGGUGUUGUCACCCCACUCCCAAUCCAACCACUCGAGAAGGUCCCAUCUGACAUUGAAAUCGCCAUGGCACAAACUCCAAAGCCUGUCUCAACUUUGGCUAAGGAAAUUGGUGUUCUUGAGGAAGAAUUGGAACUCUACGGACAAUCAAAGGCAAAGGUUGAACUCAGCAUUCUUGACCGUUUGCAACAUCGUAAGGAUGGUAAAUACGUCGUCGUUGCUGGUAUCACACCUACUCCACUCGGUGAAGGUAAAUCAACUACAACCGUUGGUCUCGCUCAAGCACUCGGUGCUAGACUUGGUAGAUCCACCUUUGCUUGUGUUCGUCAACCUUCCCAAGGUCCAACAUUUGGUAUCAAGGGCGGUGCUGCUGGUGGUGGUUACUCACAAAUCAUUCCUAUGGAUGAAUUCAACUUACACUUGACUGGUGAUAUCCACGCUAUCUCAGCUGCUAACAACCUCCUUGCUGCUGCUAUUGACGCUAGAAUGUUCCACGAAUCAACUCAAACUCCAAAGGCUCUUUUCAACCGUCUUACACCAGCUAAGAAAGGUGUUAGAACAUUCUCACCAGUUAUGAUUAAGAGAUUACAAAAGUUAGGCAUCAACAAGACUGAUCCAAAGGAUCUCACUGAAGAGGAGGCAGCUAAGUUUGCCAAGCUUGACAUCGACCCAGAGACUAUCACCUGGCACAGAGUUACAGACACCAACGACAGAUAUCUCCGUAAGAUUACUGUUGGUCAAGCUCCAACUGAAAAGGGUAUUUCAAGAGAGACUGGAUUUGACAUUUCUGUCGCUUCUGAGUGUAUGGCUGUUCUUGCUCUCGCAAAUGACCUUCCAGACAUGCGUAGAAGAUUAGGUGAUAUGGUCGUUGCAUCAUCUAAGUCAGGUGAAACUAUCACUGCUGAUGACAUUGGUAUUGGUGGUGCUCUCACCGUCUUGAUGAAGGACACCAUCAAGCCAAACCUUAUGCAAACUCUUGAAGGUACUCCAGUCUUUGUUCACGCUGGUCCAUUUGCCAACAUUGCUCACGGUAACUCAUCUAUCCUUGCCGACCGUGUUGCAUUGAAGUUGGCUGGUACUGAAGAGGGUGAACCAUCCUCCGCUGGUGGUUACGUUAUCACUGAAGCUGGUUUCGGUGCUGACAUUGGUAUGGAGAAGUUCUUCAACAUCAAAUGUCGUGUUUCAGGUUUGGUUCCAGAUGCAGUCGUUCUCGUUGCAACCGUCAGAGCACUCAAGAUGCACGGUGGUGGACCGGAAGUCUCACCAGGCAAGCCUCUUGAUGAUAUCUACACUCAAGAGAACCUCGAAACUCUCGCAGAGGGUUGCAAGAACCUUGCUAAGCACAUUGAAAAUGGUCGUAAAUAUGGUGUCAAGGUUAUUGUUGCAGUUAACCAAUUCUCAACUGACACUCCAGCUGAACUUGAAUUAGUUCAGAAAUUGUCACUUGAAGCCGGUGCACAUGCAGCUGUUGCAUCAAAUCACUGGGCACUGGGUGGUGAAGGUGCUAUUGACCUUGCUCAAUCACUUAUCGACACUUGUGAACCGAAGAAUGAAAAUGGUGAAGUUUUACCAGCCGCAAGCAACGAUGACUUUAAGUUACUCUACAACGAUGACUUGUCUAUGGAAGACAAGAUCCUCACAAUUGUCAAAGAAAUGUACGGUGGUGAUGCAAUCGAAUUGAGUGACCUCGCUAAAUCACAAGUUGAAACAUACAAAAAACAAGGAUACGGUAACUUGCCAGUUUGUAUGGCCAAGUCACACUUAUCUUUAUCACAUGAUCCAAAAUUGAAGGGUGUACCAACAGGAUUCACUGUACCAGUUCGUUCAAUUAAGUUAAGCGCAGGUGCAGGAUUUGUUUACGCACUUUGUGGUGAAAUGCAAACUAUGCCUGGUUUAUCUACACGUCCUGGAUACUAUGACAUCGAUUUAGAUUUGUCAGAAGAUAAACCACGCGUCGUCGGUCUUUUCUAGAUUUAUCAUUUUUCUCUUAUCAGUAUGUAUAGUCAGCUCAACGCUGCUUGAAAUUAUUUUGUAAAGGUAUAAAAUGCAUUUCCCUUCAACGGU